AUGGCGGGGAGCGAGGUGCAUGAGGCGCUGCAGGCGGCGGCGCUGCCGCUGAGUUUCCUGGUGAUGAGCUCGGUGCUGCCGGUGGUGAAGGUGCUGCUCAUCGCCGCCACCGGGCUCAUCUUCGCGCUGCCCUACUUCGACGUCCUGCACGCCGACGCGCGCAAGAGUCUCAGUAAGCUGGUGUUCACGGUGUUCCUGCCAGCCAUCAUCUUCGUCAACCUUGGCGAAGCCAUCUCCUUUGAAAACCUCCUCAAAUGGUGGUUCAUACCGGUGAACGUGGUGCUGGCGUCGGUGCUGGGCUGUGUGCUCGGCAUGCUCGUGGCGUGGCUCACCGACUGCCCUCCCGAGUUCUUCCGCCUCGUCUUCGUCCUCACAGGCAUUGGCAACAUGGGCAACAUGCCGUUGGUGCUGCUGUCGGCGGUGUGCUCCGAUGCGCGCAACCCCUUUGGCGGCCACAACGAGUGCAACAAGCUCGGCACCGCCUACAUCUCGCUCGGCAUGUGGAUGGCGGCCAUAGUGAUGUGGAGCACGGUCUAUAACAUCCUCGCGCCCCCCGAGGAGUGGUUGCCAGGUUACGUACGACCCUUGGACCAUUUCGGCAUCGACCACAAGUACGUCGAUGCGCCCAUGGUGCCGUACCAGGAGGAGGAAAGUGACAGUGACACUGACGACGGGGAGGGGGGUGAGGAGGGGUGGGAGGUGCCGGGGGGGUGGGAGGCGGCGCUGGGAGUGGGCGUGGAGGCCGUGUCGUCACGCCCGCUGGUGCCCGGGGAAGGCAAGCGGCAGCAGCAGCGCAGUGAGGGGUCGGUGCGAGGUGGGCGUGUGUUUGGUGGUGGCAGCCUUGGCAGCAGCGUGGCUCGCACGGCAUCCCGGUCGCUGCGCAAGGCGUCCGUGGCACUGCUCGUGCGCGCUCCCAACACGCUGGGAGAGGUGCUCAAGGCGCUCCACAUUUACGAUGUCUUCCGCCCGCCUGUACUUGCUGCGUGCCUCGCGAUGCUACUGGGCAUGGUACCGCAGCUGGACUUUCUCUUCUUCCACCGCGACGGCGCUCUGCGCUUCCUCACUGACGCCCUCGCCGUGCUGGGCCAGGCCAUGAUUCCAUGCAUUCUGCUGGUUCUCGGCGCCAACCUCGUCAAGGGCCCGGGGGCGUCAGCACUACCAAUGCGCACGACACUAGCGGUGGUGGUGACGCGGCUGCUGGUGGUGCCGCUGAUGGGCAUUGCCAUCGUGCUCUGUGCCGACCGCCUGGGGCUGCUGCCCCCAGGCGACAAGAUGUUCCGCUUCGUGCUGCUGCUGCAACAUGCUAUGCCCUCCUCCAUCCAAAUAGGCACGGCGUGCAGCCUAAGGGGGUUUGGGGAGCAGGAGGUAUCAGCGGUGCUCUUCUUUCAGCACAUAUCAGCCGUCUUCACCAUGGCUGUCUACCUCUUCGUCUUCUUCUACCUCCUCUACGGCUGA